AUGUCCGACUCGCGCCCAGGGCCAGUCUCACUGGCACGAUAUCGACCUAUCCUCUACCUCUUUACUGGUGUCGCUGCUGCGUACGCGAUUCUCUACGUCCACAAUAAUGUCCUUUCGCAGUCAUCAUCAACUUCACUCCGGCGUCGAAAUGCUGUGCGCCGCACGAGAGCAACCGAAGCUGAAGAACAUGGGAUCGUUGAUACUCCGUCGUAUCGAGCCAUUACCCACCUUGAACAACUAGAGCGUCAGAAUGGUGUAUAUGGGACAUUUCGCAUUGAGACAGAGGAUGGGCGUCGCGUGGAGAGCGGUCUUCUUCCAUCACUCCUCGCAACACGCGACCAGCUGAUGGAAGAAGUCGGGGUCCCGCCUGCUCAUGCAGAGCGCAUGCGCGAGAUGAUGGAGGAUACGUUUCUUGAAUCCUUCCUUGCACUCGAUUUCCCAUCUGCACACGUUCUCCCAGAGAACACCCCAGAAAGAACAUACUUGACAGAGCAACUUCAACGCCGAGGCAUCUCCAGAGCUGGUAUUGAAAGGGCUCUGAUACGGUUCAACGGAGAUAUCAAUUAUGGAGAGGAGCUGCGUCGGCGACGACAGAAUGGUGAACGUGUCACUCUCUCAACCUCUACCUUUCCAGACAUGUCUGCGCCUCCACAAAAUCCCGACGCCGGUGAGACGGUGGACGACCAAAGUGUCUUCUCGUGGCGUGAUGGAAACAAUGAUCCUUCCAAUAGGGAAGGCCAGAACCUACUUAAUCUGCUUUACCACAUCGCUGAGGAUCAGGCGCGGAGGGACGGCUAUAUCCAUCGUGGAGUUACUUGCAACAGCUGCGGUGCCGUGCCGAUUCAAGGUAUCAGGUAUCGAUGUGCCAAUUGCAUCGACUACGAUCUUUGUGAGACAUGCGAGGCAAUGCAGGUCCACAUCAAGACACAUUUGUUCUACAAAGUGCGGAUUCCAGCCCCAUUCUUAGGAAACCCUCGUCAAUCUCAACCUGUAUGGUAUCCCGGGAAGCCUUCAAUGCUCCCGCGCAGCCUUCCACGCCCUCUUGCCAAGCGUCUUAUGAAAGACUGCAAUUUCGAAAACACGGAGCUUGAUGCACUCUGGGAUCAGUUCCGCUGUUUGGCCAGUCAUGAAUGGGUGAACGACCCGAACAAGUUGCAUAUGGCCAUCGAUCGCAAAACAUUCGAUCGAUGCUUUGUGCCUAAUACUUCUAUCCGGCCGCCACCGCCCAGUCUCAUUUACGACCGAAUGUUCGCAUUUUAUGACACCAACGGCGACAAUCUUAUCGGGUUUGAAGAAUUCCUGAAGGGUUUGGCUAGUCUGAACAAUAAAAGCAACGACGAGCGGCUGCGACGUGUAUUCCGUGGCUACGAUAUCGACGGGGAUGGCUUCGUCGAACGCAAAGACUUCCUUCGGGUUUUCAGAGCUUACUAUGCGCUGAGCCGGGAGCUUACAAGGGACAUGGUUGCUGGCAUGGAGGAUGACUUCUUGGAGGGUGGAGCUCGUGAUGUAGUUCUCGGUAGCCAGCCUAUCAGCUCUGCAUUCCCUGGCAAUAUCCCUGCAGGUGAACCUUCUCGCACAGGCGAAGGCAAGCGCAUGAACUCUGAUGGGGACAUGGAAAUCGUCGACAAUGGAGGAAUCCUGCGACAGGACGGAGAUGAUACGGGUGAUCGACAUGUGGUUGUGGGCGAUGCUGCUGUCAGAGCACAGUUUUCUCGAAUGAGGCCAUUGUUCCCAUCUACACUACGCCUGGCAUCCACCGAAACUCCUCCUCCUCUUCGCCCGUCGGAUAUCAUGGAAGGUUACCGAAAUGACGACAACGAAGAACACGAAGACGGUGCUAGUGAGACCAGUGGAUCAGACCAAUCUAGCUCGUCGGUGGCCAGUGGCACCUGGCCCCCAGCUGAACACAUCCUCGAAGAAGAUAUCAUCGAGGCCCUUGGGACCUAUAUUCCCGCUCGAGAAAUUACGGAUCCAAUUGAUCGGGCUCGCGUCGCGGAUGCAGUUUAUCAAAGAAUGCGCGAAGACGAUCAAAGACGUGUGUUUGACGCUCGUCAGCAUGGAAUCAACGAACGUUGGAGACGCCGAGCUUUCUAUACAGAUGAGGAGGAUGGGGCCACUGUCCCUGAGGGGUAUGAAAGGGAUCCAGCUAUCGAUGAUUCCAGUGAUGAAGACCUAGAUGAAUCUGGAUCGCGCCCACCCUCUUUCCGUUCGCGGUCCUCGUCCAAGGUGCGAUUCCAGGAUGAUCUCAAUGAUGACGAGUACGACGUUCGAUCUAACCCAUCAACUUCAUCGCGGAGCAUUCCUGUUGGCGAGCGAUGGGGUGGCUUUGAAAUCCCAGAGGUCGAAAGGGAUGUUGGGAAAGAGAUAUUGUAUCAAGUCACACAACAAGGAUUCAAUGAGCUUCUAGAUAUUCUGUUCAAGCCAAAAGAGGACCUUCUGAUGGAGGUUUAUCGCACACGAGCUGAGCGCAAGAUCUGGGCCCGCGAGAUUGAACUCGCAGGAAAGGAGGACCCUUCAAAACGUACCCCGCCUGAGAAUGCUCCAGUUGAGGAGGAACUUGAGGAAAGUAUCAAGGAACAGCCACUUGAUGAUCUAUUACAGCGCGCUGGUUACGGGAUUCAAAGCCCAGUCCUAGCACCUGCCAACACCGAACCAGUGCCUGAGCCCACCGCCUCAGAUGAUGAUAGUAAUGAAGACGAAUAUGAAGAUGACGAUGAAGACGAUGUGCGGCCGACUCAUCCCGCCGGCCCCGAAUGUGAUACUGGGUUUGGGCAAACACGGCCCUUUGAGGAAUCCGACACGGCGUCCGCCAUCUCGUCUGAUUAUGACGACGAUAUCACUGCCUCUCAAGCAUCUGAUGUGGGACCCUCCCCAAUUGUUGAAGACGAUACACUUUACUACGAUCCAACACUCCCGCAACAUCGUCCUCACACAGAGAUAACCCCAGAAGUAAUUGAUGAAUCAGACUCCGACCCCGAUCUCCCUGCUCAGCUUCGACUCCAGCCCGGGAUCACCUCUCUUCCCGCGCCAUCUUCUCCCCGCUCCCCCCCAGAAGCCGAAGCCACGGCCCCUAAGCCUCCUCCUUCUCCUAUGCAACCACUCCCACCCCCUCACCGGGUCAAUGACCAGCCUCGUGACGCCCCUCCCCCACGCCGACCUUCGCCCCGGACUUUAGCCCGGUGGGUCUAUUUAGACCAGGUAGAACGUGAAAAUAAGGAACGUGGCGGUGCGAGACUCAACUUUGAGGAGUUUUCACGCCGUAUGGCUGCUGAUCGGGGACGCCGACUGGCAUUUGUGGCCACUUGGAUUGAGAUGGCUAGCUUUUGA